ACCAAAUAAAUUCAAAAUAUAUUGCUUGUAAUUUUAGGUAUAAAAAAUUGUGCAAAAUGAAUAUGAAGGCACUUCUACUUGCAAUCUUUGUGGUUAGCCUUGCUUUCACUUUUGCAAAGGCUAAUGUUGGGUUUGCUGUUUAUCAUACUCAUCAUACUCCAUCGGCAUGCUACCAAAAUCGAGACAAUGGACCGUGGAUAACAGGAGUGAGUCAUGCUUUAUGGAACAAUAGAGGAGCGUGUGGAAGGAACUAUAGGGUUACAUGCAUAGGGGGAGCAAACUUGGCUCCGCACCCUUGCAAAGGUGGAAGUGUUAUUGUCAAAGUGACCGACUUGUGUGAUAGUUGCGCCGGUGAUCUUAACCUAUCUCAAGAGGCAUUCAAUGCUAUUGCCGACCCUAAGGCUGGGAAGAUUCGUAUUCGUUAUGACCCAGUAUAAAAAGGCCUAUUGUUGGAAAGAUGAAGAUUGGAACAAAAGAGCUAAAAGAAAAUGAAAUGCGAAAUAAGUAUAAAGUAUGCUUGGAAGUAGAGUUGUAUGGUCAAUUUUCAAUCAAAUAAAAUCUUUUUUUUUUUUUGA